GACACGCCGAGCGCGGCCCGGCUGGGCCGAGCGCGCCGACGGAGCCGCCGUAGGUGAGGGGCCCGCGUCCCCGCCCGCCGUGGGGGCCGCGCCUGGCCCGGAUCCCGCCCGCCGCUGCCGCCGCCCGCGGGCACCAUGACUGCUCCGAGCGCUGGGGUUACAGAUUCUGGCUUUCCACUUGCCCCCCAAAGCUAACUGCAGCAUGCUGAAAAGGAAGCAGAGCUCCAGGGUGGAGGCCCAGCCAGUUACUGACUUCGGUCCUGACGAAUCUCUCUCAGACAACGCAGACAUCCUCUGGAUUAACAAGCCAUGGGUCCACUCGUUGCUGCGAAUCUGUGCCAUCAUCAGCGUCAUCUCCGUGUGUAUGAACACGCCCAUGACCUUCGAGCACUACCCUCCCCUGCAGUAUGUCACCUUCACGCUGGAUACUCUCCUGAUGUUUCUUUACACGGCAGAGAUGAUAGCAAAAAUGCACAUCCGGGGGAUCGUCAAGGGGGAUAGUUCCUAUGUGAAAGAUCGCUGGUGUGUUUUUGAUGGAUUUAUGGUCUUCUGCCUCUGGGUUUCAUUGGUGCUACAGGUAUUUGAAAUUGCUGAUAUAGUUGAUCAGAUGUCACCAUGGGGCAUGUUGCGGAUCCCCCGGCCUCUCAUUAUGAUCCGAGCAUUCCGGAUUUAUUUCCGAUUUGAGCUGCCAAGGACCAGAAUUACAAAUAUAUUAAAGCGAUCAGGAGAGCAAAUAUGGAGUGUUUCCAUUUUCUUGCUCUUCUUUCUACUUCUUUAUGGAAUUUUAGGAGUUCAAAUGUUCGGGACAUUUACCUACCACUGUGUAGUAAAUGACACGAAGCCAGGGAAUGUAACUUGGAAUAGUUUAGCUAUCCCAGAUACACACUGCUCACCUGAGCUGGAGGAAGGCUACCAGUGCCCACCUGGAUUUAAAUGCAUGGACCUCGAAGAUCUGGGACUCAGCAGGCAAGAGCUGGGCUACAGUGGCUUUAAUGAGAUAGGCACCAGCAUCUUCACAGUCUACGAGGCAGCCUCGCAGGAAGGCUGGGUGUUCCUCAUGUACAGAGCCAUCGACAGCUUUCCCCGCUGGCGUUCCUAUUUCUACUUCAUCACGCUCAUCUUCUUCCUCGCUUGGCUCGUCAAGAAUGUGUUUAUUGCUGUCAUCAUUGAGACCUUUGCGGAAAUCAGAGUGCAGUUUCAACAAAUGUGGGGUUCCAGAAGCAGCACGACUUCGACAGCGACCACACAGAUGUUUCAUGAAGAUGCUGCUGGUGGUUGGCAGCUGGUAGCCGUGGAUGUCAACAAGCCCCAGGGACGCGCCCCAGCCUGCCUCCAGAAAAUGAUGCGCUCCUCCGUCUUCCACAUGUUCAUCCUGAGCAUGGUGACCGUGGAUGUGAUUGUGGCUGCCAGCAACUACUACAAAGGCGAGAACUUCAGGAGGCAGUAUGAUGAGUUCUACCUGGCCGAGGUGGCUUUCACAGUCCUCUUUGAUUUGGAGGCACUCCUGAAGAUCUGGUGUUUGGGAUUUUCUGGCUACAUUAGUUCAUCUCUCCACAAAUUUGAGCUGCUACUUGUCAUUGGAACUACCCUGCACGUGUAUCCAGAUCUCUAUCAUUCUCAAUUCACCUAUUUCCAGGUCCUUCGGGUGGUUCGGCUCAUCAAGAUUUCACCUGCCUUGGAAGACUUUGUGUACAAGAUAUUUGGCCCAGGAAAAAAGCUCGGCAGCCUGGUUGUGUUCACAGCCAGCCUCCUGAUCGUGAUGUCGGCGAUCAGCCUGCAAAUGUUCUGCUUCGUUGAGGAGCUGGACCGCUUCACCACCUUCCCAAGGGCUUUCAUGUCCAUGUUCCAGAUCCUCACCCAGGAAGGAUGGGUGGACGUCAUGGACCAAACUCUCAACGCCGUGGGGCAUAUGUGGGCACCUGUGGUCGCCAUUUAUUUCAUUCUUUAUCAUCUCUUUGCCACUCUGAUCCUCCUGAGUUUGUUUGUUGCUGUAAUUUUGGACAACUUAGAACUUGAUGAAGAUCUAAAGAAGCUAAAACAACUGAAGCAAAGUGAAGCAAAUGCAGAUACAAAAGAAAAGCUUCCUCUGCGCCUACGGAUCUUUGAAAAGUUUCCCAACAGACCACAGAUGGUGAAAAUCUCGAAGCUUCCUUCGGACUUCACAGUUCCUAAGAUCAGGGAGAGCUUCAUGAAGCAGUUCAUUGAUCGCCAGCAACAGGAUGGCUGCUGUCUCUUUCGAAUUCUGCCUUCGACCUCCUCUUCCUCGUGCGAUCACCCCAAGCGUGCAGCCAUCGAGGACAACAAAUACAUCGAUCAGAAACUUCGCAAAUCCGUUUUCAGCAUCAGGGCAAGGAACCUUCUGGAAAAGGAGACGGCAGUCACUAAAAUCUUAAGAGCUUGCACUCGACAGCGCAUGCUGAGUGGAUCAUUCGAGGGGCAGCCAGCCAAGGAAAGAUCAAUCCUCAGUGUGCAGCAUCAUAUCCGCCAGGAGCGCAGGUCACUCAGACAUGGAUCAAACAGCCAGAGGAUCAGCAGGGGGAAGUCUCUUGAAACUUUGACUCAAGACCAUUCCAAUACAGUGAGAUACAGGAAUGCCCAGCGGGAAGACAGUGAGAUAAAGAUGAUACAGGAGAAGAAGGAGCAAGCGGAAAUGAAAAGGAAAGUGCAAGAGGAGGAACUGAGGGAGAACCACCCAUACUUCGAUAAGCCGCUGUUCAUCGUGGGCAGGGAGCACCGGUUCCGAAACUUCUGCCGCGUGGUGGUGCGGGCUCGUUUCAAUGCAUCUAAAACGGACCCUGUCACAGGAGCUGUGAAGAAUACAAAGUAUCAUCAGCUUUACGAUCUGCUGGGAUUGGUCACCUACCUGGACUGGGUCAUGAUCAUCGUCACCAUCUGCUCUUGCAUUUCCAUGAUGUUCGAAUCCCCCUUUCGAAGAGUCAUGCAUGCGCCCACCUUGCAGAUUGCUGAGUAUGUCUUUGUGAUCUUCAUGAGCAUCGAGCUUAAUCUGAAGAUUAUGGCAGAUGGCUUAUUUUUCACUCCAACUGCUGUCAUCAGGGACUUUGGGGGAGUGAUGGACAUAUUCAUAUACCUAGUGAGUUUGAUCUUCCUCUGUUGGAUGCCUCAGAAUGUGCCCGCUGAGUCCGGAGCUCAGCUCCUGAUGGUCCUUCGGUGCCUGCGGCCUCUGCGGAUAUUCAAACUGGUGCCCCAGAUGAGAAAAGUUGUUCGAGAACUUUUCAGCGGCUUCAAGGAAAUUUUUUUGGUUUCCAUUCUUUUGCUGACAUUAAUGCUUGUUUUUGCAAGCUUUGGAGUUCAGCUUUUUGCUGGAAAGCUGGCGAAGUGCAAUGAUCCCAACAUUAUCAGAAGGGAAGAUUGCAAUGGCAUAUUCAGAAUAAAUGUCAGUGUUUCCAAGAACUUAAAUUUAAAAUUAAGACCUGGAGAGAAAAAACCUGGUUUCUGGGUACCUCGAGUCUGGGCGAAUCCUCGGAACUUUAAUUUUGACAACGUGGGGAAUGCUAUGCUGGCCUUGUUUGAAGUCCUCUCCUUGAAAGGCUGGGUGGAAGUGAGAGAUGUUAUUAUUCAUCGUGUAGGGCCGAUCCAUGGAAUCUAUAUUCAUGUUUUUGUAUUCCUGGGUUGUAUGAUUGGACUGACCCUUUUUGUUGGAGUCGUUAUUGCUAAUUUCAAUGAAAACAAGGGGACGGCUUUGCUGACUGUGGAUCAGAGACGAUGGGAAGACCUCAAGAGCAGAUUGAAGAUCGCGCAGCCCCUUCAUCUCCCACCUCGCCCGGAUAAUGAUGGCUUUAGAGCUAAAAUGUAUGACAUAACCCAGCAUCCGUUUUUUAAGAGGACAAUUGCAUUACUAGUUCUGGCCCAGUCGGUGCUGCUCUCUGUCAAGUGGGAUGUGGAGGACCCCGUGACCGUCCCUCUGGCCACCAUGUCCGUGGUUUUCACCUUCAUCUUUGUUCUAGAGGUCACAAUGAAGAUCAUAGCCAUGUCGCCCGCUGGCUUCUGGCAGAGCAGAAGAAACCGCUAUGAUCUGUUAGUGACGUCCCUGGGCGUGGUGUGGGUGGUACUGCACUUUGCCCUUCUGAACGCCUACACCUACAUGAUGGGCGCCUGCGUGAUAGUGUUCCGGUUCUUCUCCAUCUGUGGGAAGCACGUCACGCUCAAGAUGCUGCUGCUGACGGUGGUGGUCAGCAUGUACAAGAGCUUCUUCAUCAUCGUGGGCAUGUUCCUGCUGCUGCUGUGCUACGCCUUCGCGGGGGUCGUGCUCUUCGGGACCGUGAAAUACGGAGAGAACAUCAACAGGCAUGCAAACUUUUCCUCGGCUGGCAAAGCUAUCACCGUGCUGUUCCGAAUCGUCACAGGCGAAGACUGGAACAAGAUUAUGCACGACUGUAUGGUUCAACCUCCAUUCUGCACUCCAGAUGAAUUUACUUACUGGGCAACAGACUGCGGAAACUACGCCGGGGCGCUUAUGUAUUUCUGCUCCUUUUAUGUCAUCAUCGCCUACAUCAUGCUAAAUCUGCUCGUAGCCAUAAUUGUAGAGAAUUUCUCCUUGUUUUACUCUACUGAGGAGGACCAGCUCUUAAGUUACAAUGAUCUUCGCCACUUUCAAAUCAUAUGGAAUAUGGUGGAUGAUAAGAGGGAGGGGGUAAUCCCCACGUUCCGGGUCAAGUUCCUACUGCGGCUGCUACGCGGGAGGCUGGAAGUGGACCUGGACAAGGACAAACUCUUAUUUAAGCACAUGUGCUAUGAGAUGGAACGGCUGCACAAUGGCGGUGAUGUCACCUUCCAUGAUGUCCUGAGCAUGCUUUCGUACCGUUCUGUGGACAUCCGGAAGAGCCUGCAGCUGGAGGAGCUCCUGGCGCGGGAGCAGCUGGAGUAUACCAUCGAGGAGGAGGUGGCCAAGCAGACCAUCCGCAUGUGGCUGAAGAAGUGUCUGAAGCGCAUCCGAGCCAAGCAGCAGCAGUCCUGUAGCAUCAUCCACAGCCUGCGAGAGAGCCAACAGCAGGAGCUGAGCCGCUUCCUCAACCCUCCCAGCAUUGAGACGACCCAGCCGAGCGAGGACGUCAAUGCCAACAGCCAGGACCCGAACACGCAGCCCGAGACCAGCAGCCAGCAGCAGCUCCUGAGCCCCACGCUAUCUGACAGAGGAGGGAGCCGGCAGGAUGCAACGGAUGCAGGGAAACCCCAGAGGAAAUUUGGGCAGUGGCGCCUGCCAUCAGCACCAAAGCCAAUCAGCCAUUCAGUGUCAUCAGUCAACUUACGAUUUGGAGGGAGGACGACCAUGAAGUCUGUGGUGUGUAAGAUGAAUCCCGUGACGGACGCAGCGUCCUGUGGCUCCGAGGUGAAGAAGUGGUGGACCCGGCAGCUGACCGUGGAGAGCGAUGAGAGUGGGGAUGACCUUCUCGACAUUUAGCCAGAAAUCAGAGCAGAUGGUGGUCUCGUGCUGAAACCCAUUUUGUGUUUUUCUUGAUUGUCCGGUGAGCAGUCUGUCACUGGGAUAUAAGUUAGACACAGUGUGGCACAAGAUUUCUUUUUAAGUGACUUGUGCCCUGCCUGGGAAGGCAUAAUGGUUGGUCUAUCCCAGUUGGGAGUAGGAUGGUUGUCAAGUGCUCAAGGACAUUGCAUGCUGGCACUGUUGGUAAGAAAGAAACCAAGUCAGCGGCAGGUGCAGGUCAUGCAGAAGCUCCCCUCACUUUGUGUUGGUGAACUGAGGUCUACAUUCGUAUGUUGUCUUCUACACUAUUGUCAGUCCUCAAGAGCGGCAAGCCAAAGGGGCUGGUCUUAGUGGCACAGGCGCUGCAAGCUUAGUCCCUCCUCUUCCCCACGUCCACUAGAAAUACUUCUCUUGGGAGAAUUUAUUAUUUAUGAUUGAUCUGCAAAGGUCAGCAUUGAGCUCACGCUAAAAAAGAAAAUAGUAGUUUUACAAACUACAGAUACUGAAUUUUUACAACUCUAUUCCUUCAUAUUUUAUUUUAAAAACUAGGUACAAGAUUAUCUGAAAAUCAGAGCACACUAACUUCUGUUCUUAGUACCUCUAAGAAAGCUGUUACAUGCACACACAUACACACUGAUAUGCGCAAGAAACAGGAAAUGAUACUAGACCAAGGAGUAAGUUGAUUCUAAACAAACCAAGAGUGGGAAACUGGAGAGACAUAAUUCUGAAAAAAGAAAAAAAGUUUCUUUAAAAUCUGUUAAAAUUACUGACCUUAGAAAAAAUGUAUAAUUAUGACAUUUUUAAAAUUUGCAUGUUCAGAGCGGUCAUUGGCUUCAUUUUUGCCUCCAAGUGUGUCCAUCUUGCUGUUCUCACAGACCCCGCGAGCUGAUCCCAACACAACAUGGCCUGGUAGAGCCCAGAGAGGCCCCUGCUCCCCAAAAUGUCCCUGGGGAAUGACGGUGUCUCCAGAAUCCUGCCCUGAACUGCCAGGCUAGCUAUCCACCAUCCACCGCCGUUCUCCCACACAUCAUCGGUCCAUAUCCUCUGGGAGCAUUUAGAGAAGCAAAAUGACUAAAAGAAGUCUUAGACCUUUUGUGCUAGAUCAGUUGAGUAGUUUAGAUUUGGCUUUUAACUGUAUGAUCAAUGGUUCCUUAAAAAAAAAAAAUACUUUCAGAGCCUCUCUCCAGCGUGG